GUGAGUGAAGCUCCUUUCCCAUUUCUCAAAUAUCAAAUCCCUCGAAAAAUCCUCCCCAUCCAAUCACAACCCGAAACCAUGGCCACUCCUUCCCCACGCGAAGAAAAUGUCUACAUGGCCAAACUCGCCGAGCAAGCCGAGCGCUACGAGGAGAUGGUCAAGUUCAUGGAGAACGUCGUCUCCGCCGUCCCCGCUCCCGACGAACUCUCCGUCGAGGAACGUAACCUCCUCUCUGUCGCCUACAAGAACGUCAUCGGCGCCCGCCGUGCUUCCUGGAGGAUCGUCUCCUCCAUCGAGCAGAAGGAGGAAGGCCGUGGCAACGCCGACCACGUCGCCGUCAUCCGUGACUACAGGGCCAAGAUCGAGGCCGAGUUGUCCGAGAUUUGCGCUGGAAUUUUGAAGCUCCUUGACGAGAAGCUUGUUCCGGCUGCUGGAAAUGGGGAUUCCAAGGUGUUUUAUCUGAAAAUGAAGGGAGAUUACCAUAGGUACUUGGCUGAGUUCAAGACUGGCGAUGACAGGAAAUCUGCUGCCGAGAAUACCCUCACUGCCUAUAAAUCUGCUCAGGACAUUGCAGUAGCUGAGCUAGCCCCAACUCAUCCUAUCCGUUUAGGAUUGGCUCUGAACUUUUCUGUCUUCUACUAUGAGAUCUUGAACUCUCCUGAUCGUGCUUGCAGUCUUGCGAAACAGGCCUUUGAUGAAGCCAUUGCAGAGCUGGAUACUCUUGGAGAGGAUUCAUACAAGGAUAGCACUUUGAUAAUGCAACUUCUCCGUGAUAACCUCACUUUGUGGACCUCAGACAUGCAGGAUGAUGGGACUGAUGAGAUCAAAGAAGCUUCCAAGCCUGAGGAAGAGAAACAACCGUGAAGUUCCCAGUCUUUGUGGUAGCAUUUUACUUCUCUUCUUGUUUUUGUAUGGAGAAGUUGGUUGAUCCCACUCUCUCUUUAGUUACUUGCUUUUAGUUGAUCAGGCCUGGAUUUAUGAACCUUGGAAGUAACUGCUAUAAAUUCCUUAGCAUUUCACUGCUUAUUCAAUUUGAGUUGUAGCUUUCUAAUUGCAGUGAGGCUAUGUGCACUCUCUUUCUUGAUUGUUUUCUUGACAAUAAGGAAGUUAACGAUUGAGAUAUUUCCUAAGCUAAAUUUUUUAAGUUGUUUUCUUGGAA